CGGAGAGGCCCGGAUUGCGCAGGUCGGUGGACUGUCCCUCGAGAUAUCAUCUGAUCCGAGAUAACUGGAAAGACAUCCCGAUCUUCGGACAUCACUUCAGUUGUCCCCUCGACUGCUCACCACACAUAUAAAAAGCGCUCCUGACCAGUCACUCUUUCAACAAUUCCACAGUUGAUCAUCGAUUCGCUUUGAAUCACUUCCAUUCCUUACUACAUUCCAUUCAUUCAACUUGCUUCAACUACGACUAUAUCAAGACACUCCUAUAUCCCUUGAUUAUCACCACAAAUAAUGCUCGCUAGCACUCUCCUCUCCCUCCUCCCCUUCCUCGCCAUGAACUCUGCCGCUCCUCCGAUCAUUCCCCGCUCCUCCUCCUACACCCUCCCCGUCCCCACCUCCCAAGGCAACGUCACCUACUCCUCCGCCCAGUCCAUCUCGGGCACCUUCGACGGCGGACUCAAGACCUACGGCCGGGGCGUGGACUGUACCGGCCAAGCCGAGGGCGGAAACUCUGAUGCCGUCUUCUUGUUGGAAGACGGGGCUACGUUGAAGAAUGCCAUCAUUGGGGAGGAUCAGAUUGAGGGUGUUCAUUGUUUGGGGAGCUGUACCAUCGAGAAUGUGUGGUGGGUUGCUGUUUGCGAAGACGCGCUCACUUUCAAGGGCGAUGGCGACGGCUCUGUCAUCGGCGGUGGAGCCACCGGAGCUGAAGACAAGGUCAUCCAGCACAACGGUAUUGGAGACGUCACCAUCGACGGCUUUACGGUAGUCGACUUUGGCAAGCUCUACCGUUCUUGCGGCAACUGCAAGAACAAUGGCGAUGCUCGUAACGUCAACAUCUCCAACGUCAAGGCCUACAAUGGCAAGGUCAUCGCCGGCAUCAACUCCAACUAUGGCGAUGUCGCUACCAUCACCGAUACGUGUGCGACGUCGGUCAAGCAGAUUUGUACAGAAUAUGAGGGGACGAGCGAUAAUGAUGAGGAGCCUACCAAGCUGCAGUCGGGCUUUUCAGACAACUGUGUUUAUACCGAGUCGGAGAUUACCACUUGUUAGAGCCGGACUUGCCCAAGAGAACAUCGUGACCAGACGAGGUGUAACCAAAUGCAACACAAUACAAGCAA